AUGGCAGACGAAAACAUAGCAACAUUGGUGAAACAAGGCGCGGAGGCUCGGGUAUACAAAAUUCCCUUCCUCCCAGGUCGACCAGCCAUAGUAAAGGAGCGGUUCAAGAAAUCCUACCGACAUCCGGUGUUAGACGAGAAAUUAACGGCGAGGCGGGUUGUGCAGGAAGCCCGCUCGCUGCAGCGCCUGCGCCGCGCCGGUAUCGAUACACCAAUACUGUAUCUGCUAGACAUCAAGAGAAGCACGAUAUAUAUGGAGUUCAUCGAUGGCAUCAGUGUGAGGGACUUCAUUUCCGAGCGCCGAAUGUCAGAUGGCUCGAUUGAUAACGAGUUAGCCAGCGCGAUUGGUAAAUGCCUCGCAAUCAUGCAUGGGCUGGAUAUCAUCCACGGAGAUUUGACUACGUCGAACAUGAUGCUACGGGCUGGGACGAGCUCCUUGGUGCUCAUUGAUUUCGGCCUGAGCAUGGUAUCGACUAUGGUGGAGGACAAAGCGGUGGAUCUUUACGUUCUGGAGAGGGCUUUGAGCAGCACGCAUCCGAAUACGGAGGCUUUGUUUCAAGCAAUACUAGACGCUUAUAGGACGAAUGGGAAAGGUGCUCAGGCAGUUUUGAAGAAGCUGGAAGAAGUACGCCGGAGAGGUCGGAAGAGGACCGCGUUCGGUUGAGCAUUGGGUCUAUAUAUAUAUUCAGCACGGUCUGAUGGCCAAGAUCAUUGUGGGGCUACACCGGGAGUGGCAUUUUUCUAUUAUGGGGGCCUUUACAAAUGCGUCCCAAGAGCCCCCCCCACCAAUACACUAUGACU